AUGUCUUUUCGUCAAGUAAUGUCAUUAUUCCCUCUCCUUACUGCAAAUAUCUGGGCACUUCCUGCACAAUCAAGUUUGGUUGCACUGAACCAUACUGUACACGGCAGGCUGCAUGCAGCAGAACCAUUUGCUCGAGCAUGUUAUAGCGAUUAUGAUGGACAGCCUGUCAAAUCUUUUCCAACACAAUGUUCGGCACUGCAGGAGCAAUAUACCUCUGCAGCCUAUCGAGCAGAAUUCUACAGCGGGUUCAUGUAUGAUCAAGACCAUAUAUGCGCUUCAUCUCAAGAUCCACUCACCGCCCAAUGCUUGCUUGAUCCGACAAAUCCCAUAUCACAUCUCUCUUCAAACGAUAGUUGCGGACAAGGAAGUGUAUCGACUCACUAUAUUGAAGUCUCCAGCGCUACAGAUGUACAAGCAGCCUUCGCCUUUGCCCGGGAUCAUGGCAUCACGCUCAGCAUCAAAAACAGCGGGCACGAUUACGGAAGUCGUAACAGUCUCCGUGGCUCUCUCGCCCUUUGGACUCGCAGGCUUCAGAAAAUGGAGUACCAUAGAGACUUCCUUCCUGAAGGUUGUCCAUCAAACUUCACUAGUCGCUACAAUGCUAUGAAAGUUGGAGCCGGCGUCAGCUUUAAUCAAGCCUAUCAUUUUGCAGACGAAAACAACUCAACCUUCGUUGGUGGUUCUUCCCCGACAGUGGGUGCUUCUGGUGGAUUCGUCAUGACAGGUGGCCACGGUCUUUUGACAUCCCAAUUUGGCCUGGGUAUCGACAGGGUUUUGGAAUUCAAAAUUGUGACUCCCGAUGGUGUAUUUCGUACAGCAAAUGCCUGUCAGAACCAGGAUCUAUACUGGGCACUUCGAGGUGGUGGUGGUGGCACAUUUGGGGUCGUGAUGGAAUCAACCAGCAAGGUGGAGCCGGUGCUUCCGCUCGUCUUCUCCUCGAUAAAUUUGCCUUCAAAUAUGACCAACACAACCACCUUUACCCGUAUUCUGAUGGAGAAUGCCAUUAGAUGGUCAAAGGAGGGUUGGGGAGGGCCCAAUGGGCCGAAUUUUAUGGCAAUGGUAAAUCCAUUCCUGAGUUUGGAGGAGGCCAAAGAAUCCAUGGCUCCAAUUCUGGAAUAUACUGCGUCACAAGGGGGUAACAUCAUCCUAGAGACCCACCCAACCUUUCUCAGUGUCUAUGAAAAAUACGUAUACACAACAAACGAAUUAGGAAUCGGCUUCGGAAGUCUUCCAACCAAUCGCCUAAUUCCAACAGAGCUUCUGAAGACACAACUCGGCCAAACCCAGAUUCUUACUUACCUGAACAGAGUCAUCUCCAAGGGCUUCACACCAACCAUCUUCGCCACCACCCCAGCAUAUUACAGCUACAUACCAGGAUCCACAUCAGCAACACCCGCCUGGAGAAAUAGUACCUGGAUGGUUACAACGCAGACGCAGUGGUUGUGGAACAGCACUGUAGCUGAAAAGAAGGCCAUCGUGUCCAGCCUUAAAGAAAUCACGCGAGAUUUCGAGGCUCUGGCACCAGUUAGCGGCUCUUACAUAAGUGAAGCCGACCCUUGGACGCAUGAUUGGCAGUAUGCGUGGUGGGGUGAGAAUUACCCUCAAUUAGCCCAACUAAAGAAGAAAUACGACCCCAAGGGCUUACUAUCCUGCUGGCGUUGCGUGGGGUGGGAUGAAAAGUUGCAGGCCCGUGGCCAAGCUUUCGAAUGUAUGGGUAGUUUGAAUUAA